AUGUCGUUCCCACCUACUCUUAAACUCAACGACGGUAACGAGAUUCCACAGCUCGGAUAUGGUCUUGGAACUGCCCGAUUCAAGCGCAGUGGAGGGCCACUAGAUGCCGACCUCGUUGAGCUCACAAGAAAAGCCAUCGAUAUUGGCUACUACCACCUUGACGGUGCCGAAGUAUAUGGAAAUGAGGAGGAACUCGGCGCUGCCAUCAAGGCGUCAGGCGUUCCCCGAGAGAAGCUCUUCGUUACCACCAAGAUUACUGCCCUAGAGAAGAAGAACACUGAAGAGGCUUUCGCCCUCUCACUGAAGAAGCUGGGUCUGGAUUACGUCGACCUGUAUCUGAUCCACGGUCCUUACUUCGCCGAGAACGACGAGGAUUUGCAGCAAAAAUGGGCUGACCUGGAGGCCAUCAAGGCUUCUGGCCGAGCAAAGUCCAUUGGUGUCUCCAACUUCCUCCAGGAGCAUCUGGAAGCCAUCCUCAAGACAGCCAAGGUGGUGCCUGCGAUUAACCAGAUCGAGUACCACCCUUACCUCCAGCAUGGCGAUCUCGUUGCGUUCCACAAGAAGCACAACAUUGCCAUUGCCUCAUAUGGCCCCUUGGUACCAAUCACCACCGUCAAGGGCGGCCCGGUGGUGCCCGUCUACAACAAGCUAGCGGAGAAGUACGGUGUUACUGACUCCGACGUUGGUCUCCGAUGGGUUCUUGAUCAAGGCAUUGUCACACUCACAACCAGCUCCAAGGAGUCACGGUUGACUGGCUACCUCGAGAGGCUGCCCAAGUUCAAGCUGGCGGACGAGGAGGUUGCCGAGAUUUCGACGGAAGGAAACAAGAACCACUACCGGUCAUUCUGGAAGAACAAGUUUGCUGAGGACGACAGGAGGUAG